AUGAACUCUUCUUUUGUACUUAGCACGAUUACAGCUACAAUAGGCUUCUUCAUGCUUUUCAAAAAAUUCAGAUUAUUCCACCAAGAAAACAAAGAAAAUGAUUCUCCUUCUUUAUCUCCUUUAUCACCGGUUCCUCCAUCUUCUUCAUCUCAUAGCUGGAGACACCAAGUCUUUCCAAGCUUUCGCGGAGAAGAUAUCCGCAGAGACUUUCUUAGUCAUAUUCAGAAGGAGUUUCGGACGAAAGGAAUCACUCUUUUCAGUGAUAAUGGUAUCAAGAGAGGAGAAUCCAUAACUCCUGAACUUGUACAAGCGAUCAGAAGUUCUAAGAUUGCAAUCAUCUUACUCUCUAGGAACUACGCUUCUUCGUCUUGGUGUCUUGAUGAAUUGGCGGAAAUUAUCAAAUGUAGAGAAGAGUUUGGUCAAACUGUGAUGGUUGUUUUCAAGAAAGUAGACCCAUCUGAUGUAAAGAAGUUGACUGGUGAUUUUGGGAGUGCCUUCAGAAAAGCAUGUGCAGGUAAAACAAAGGAGGACAUUGGAAGAUGGAUACAAGCUCUAGCGAAAGUAGCAACACUUGCUGGUUACGUUUCAAAUAACUGGGACAAUGAGGCAAUCAUGAUUGAAAAAAUAGCAAGUGAUGUUUCCAACUUAUUGAAUAAUUUCACACCAUCUAGAGAUAUCGACGAAUUAGUCGGGAUGGGAGCUCAUAUGGAAAUGAUGGAACAAUUGUUAUGUCUAGACGCUGAUGAAGUCAGGAUGGUAGGGAUAUGGGGACCAUCCGGGAUUGGUAAGACCAUCAUUGCCAGAUUCUUAUUUAGUCAGUUUUCUGACAGUUUUGAACUAAGCGCUUUUAUGGAGAAUAUUCAAGAGCUCAUGUACACAAGACCAAUGUGUUCUGAUGACUACAAUGCAAAGUUACACUUACAGAGCCAUUUUAUGUCCAAGAUAACGAACCACAUGGAUAUUGAGGUUCCUCAUUUAGGAGUUGCGGAAAUUAGGUUGAAUGACAAAAAAGUGCUUGUUGUCCUAGAUAAUAUCGAUCAGUCAAUGCAACUAGAUGCUAUCGCAAAAGAAACUCGGUGGUUUGGUCAUGGCAGUCGGAUUAUCAUCACAACACAAGACCACAAAAUUUUGAAGGCACAUGGCAUCAACCAUAUUUACAAGGUGGAUUUUCCAUCAACACAUGAAGCUUGUCAAAUAUUUUGUAUGUCUGCUUUUGGUCAAAAGUUCCCUGAAGUUGAAUACCAGGAACUCGCAUUAGAAGUAACAAAUAUUUUAGGUAACCUACCAUUAGGACUAAGAGUUAUGGGUUCCCAUUUUCGGGGAAUGUCAAAGCAGGAGUGGAUAAAUGCAAUGCCAAGGUUAAGGACUCACCUUGAUUCUAAUAUUCAAAGCAUUUUAAAGUUUAGUUACGACGCAUUAUGUGAUGAAGAUCAAGAUUUAUUUCUUCAUAUAGCAUGCCUUUUCAACAAUAAAAGGAUUGAGAACGUGGAAGAAUAUCUUGCGCAUAAGUUGUUGGAUGUGAAGCAAGGAUUUCAUGUAUUAGCUGAGAAAUCUCUCAUAUCUAUUGAAGAAGGAUGGAUAAAGAUGCAUAAUUUGCUAGAGCAGUUGGGUAGAGAAAUUGUUCGUUAUGAGUCAGGAUUCAUUCGUGAGCCUGGAAAGCGUCAAUUUUUGGUUGAUGGUAUUGAUAUUUGUGAAGUACUCACUGAUCACACGGAUAGUAGAAAUAUUAUAGGCAUACAUUUAAACUCAUCUGAGUUGUUAGGCGAAUUAAUUAUAAGUGAGAAAGCUUUCAAAGGAAUGUCUAACCUCCAAUUCUUAAGAAUCAAGUGCGGCCGGAGUGAAAAAGUGUAUUUACCGCAAGGUUUAAAAUAUUUAUCUCAAAAACUUAGAUUACUAGAAUGGGAUCAUUUUCCAAUGACAUGUUUGCCUUCCAAGUUUUGUGCGAAGUACAUUGUCGAACUAAGCUUGCAACACAGCAAACUUGAGAAGAUGUGGGAAGGACAUAUGCCACUCGUGAAUCUCAAGAGGAUGAAUUUGUUCCAUUCAAAAAACUUAAAGGAGCUACCUGAUUUCUCAACUGCCACUAACCUUCAAACAUUGAUUCUUUGUGGAUGCUCAAGUUUGGUGGAGCUGCCCUACUCAAUUGGAAAUGCUAUUAAUCUCCAGAAAUUGCACCUUUGUAGGUGCACCGGUCUAGUGGAGCUGCCCAACUCUAUCGUAAACCUUCAUAAACUGCAAAAUGUGACUUUAAAAGGAUGCUCAAAGCUAAAGGCUCUUCCUACCAACAUCAAUUUGAUACUCUCAACAAAACAUAAAUAUAGAGAAUCUGAACUAAGCAAACUUUUGCAUUAA